AUGAGCGCGGGGGUGGAGGAGCUGCUGAUGCGGGUGGCUGAGGUGGCGGGCCGGAAGCUCACAUGGUGGCAGUACGACCAGACGUCGUGGUCGGCGCGCGAAUGCAUGCCGUUUGCGCUGCAGCGACUGUCGGUGCAGCUCUGGAUGGCGCUCGCGGACGAGGCACAGGAGGAACGAGGAAGCAAACGGAACGCUUUUUUAUUUGCGCCGGAGGCGUGGCUGCGCAUGAGGCAUGGAAUCAAUUAA